AUGGUGAAUCUGUUCAAGCGGAUGCGGAAGUUGAAGACUAUCCUCAACGUCCGCGUUGGAACUGGCGCUGCAAUCCUCCCAGCUGCCUCAAAAGCAACCGGAGAAUUCCCAGCCAUCACCCGACUGCACCUCACAUACGCCCGCAAGAUCUACGGCGGCCACCAAGGCGCACGACAUUUCUGGCGCAACUGCCUGCCCCGACUAAAGUACUAUAACCCCGGGGUCCGGAUGACCGUGAAGCAAACCGAAGAGCAAGAAGGACCCGCCGCGUUAACGAUAUACUUCGCCGAGCAAGCCAGCAAAGCCGCGGCGCUGAACGCCUCCCAGGUUCAGGACAAGUACGCCCCUGCGCCAUCGGAGACAGAGAAGACGGCCGUCGUUGACCUUAAGAACCUCGAUUACAAGGAGAUCUGGAAUAAGGUCAAGAUAAUGACGGGGGCGGAGGAGCUGGAGGCGACUGCGGAGGAGGAGGCCGAGCUGAAGAAGCUGGAGAAGAUGCGUCAGCAGUCGGAUAAGGACCGCGCGCGGGUGAGUGGUAUCCGGCAGGCGAAGAAGGACCAAGAGCGGAUGUUACAGGAGGCGAGAGGCGAGGUGGAGAAACUGAGGCAGUUGUAA